CGGUUCCGGCUGAAUGUCAGUGCGGGGCUGUGGGCUAGGGAGGAAGGUGGUUGGCGGUCCCUCCAUCACCUCCGCCGUUGCCUCCUCCGCUGCUUCUGCCGCCGGUGGCGCCGGGCCGCUCGGCCGCUUGGGCAUGAGACCGUGAGGCGAGCGACGGGCGGGGGCCGCCGACAUGUUUGGCCGCUCGCGGAGCUGGGUGGGCGGGGGCCAUGGCAAGUCUUCCCGCAACAUCCACUCUUUGGACCACCUCAAGUAUCUGUACCACGUUUUGACCAAAAACACCACAGUCACAGAACAGAAUCGGAACCUGCUAGUGGAAACCAUCCGCUCCAUCACCGAGAUCCUGAUUUGGGGAGAUCAGAAUGACAGCUCUGUGUUUGACUUCUUCCUGGAGAAGAACAUGUUUGUUUUCUUCUUGAACAUCCUGCGGCAGAAAUCCGGCCGCUACGUGUGUGUGCAGCUGCUGCAGACCUUGAACAUCCUCUUUGAGAACAUCAGUCACGAGACCUCACUCUAUUACUUGCUCUCUAAUAACUAUGUAAAUUCUAUCAUUGUCCAUAAGUUUGACUUUUCCGACGAGGAGAUCAUGGCCUAUUAUAUAUCGUUCCUGAAAACCCUUUCGCUGAAACUCAACAACCACACUGUCCAUUUCUUUUACAACGAGCACACUAAUGACUUUGCCCUGUACACAGAAGCCAUCAAAUUUUUCAAUCACCCUGAAAGCAUGGUUAGAAUUGCUGUAAGAACCAUAACUUUGAACGUCUACAAAGUGGAUAACCAGGCCAUGCUGCACUACAUCCGAGAUAAAACUGCUGUUCCUUACUUCUCCAAUUUGGUCUGGUUCAUCGGGAGCCACGUGAUCGAACUUGAUAACUGUGUGCAGACUGAUGAGGAGCACCGGAAUCGGGGGAAACUGAGUGACCUGGUGGCCGAGCACCUGGACCACCUGCACUAUCUCAAUGACAUCCUGAUCAUCAACUGUGAGUUCCUCAACGACGUGCUCACUGACCACCUGCUCAACAGGCUCUUCCUGCCGCUCUACGUGUGCUCGCUGGAGAACCAGGACAAGGGAGGAGAAAGACCGAAGAUCAGCCUGCCCGUUUCUCUCUAUCUCCUGUCGCAGGUCUUCCUAAUUAUACAUCAUGCGCCCCUGGUGAACUCGUUAGCUGAGGUCAUCCUGAAUGGGGAUCUGUCUGAGAUGUACGCGAAGACUGAACAGGACGUUCAGAGAAGUUGUGCCAAGCCCAGCAUUCGGUGCUUCAUUAAACCCACCGAGACGCUGGAGCGGUCCCUUGAGAUGAACAAGCACAAGGGCAAGAGGCGAGUGCAAAAGAGACCCAACUACAAAAACGUUGGGGAAGAAGAAGAUGAGGAGAAAGGGCCCGCCGAGGAUGCCCAAGAAGACGCCGAGAAGGCUAAAGGUACAGAGGGUAGUUCAAAAGGCAUCAAGACGAGUGGGGAGAGCGAAGAGAUAGAGAUGGUGAUCAUGGAGCGCAGCAAGCUCCCGGAGCUGGCGGCCAGCACCUCCGUGCAGGAGCAGAACACCACGGACGAGGAGAAGAGCGCCGCCACGGGCUUGGAGAGCGUGCAGUGGAGCAGACCUUUCCUGGAUAUGGUGUACCAUGCCCUGGACAGCCCGGACGACGACUACCACGCGCUCUUCGUGCUCUGCCUCCUCUACGCCAUGUCUCACAACAAAGGCAUGGAUCCUGAAAAACUAGAGCGAAUCCAGCUCCCCGUGCCCACCGCAGCCGAGAAGACCACCUACAACCAUCUACUCACCGAAAGACUCAUCAGGAUCAUGAACAAUGCUGCCCAGCCAGACGGGAAGAUCCGGCUGGCGACGCUGGAGCUGAGCUGCCUGCUCCUAAAGCAGCAAGUGGUGACCAGCACAGGCUGCAUCAUAAAGGACGUGCACCUGGCCUGCCUGGAGGGCGCAAGAGAAGAAAGCGUCCACCUGGUGCGGCACUUUUAUAAGGGAGAAGAAAUUUUUUUGGACAUGUUUGAAGAUGAGUACAGGAGCAUGACGAUGAAGCCCAUGAACGUGGAGUAUCUCAUGAUGGAUGCCUCCAUCCUGCUGCCCCCGACGGGCACACCGCUGACGGGCAUCGACUUUGUGAAGCGGCUGCCGUGCGGCGAUGUGGAGAAGACCCGGCGGGCCAUCCGGGUGUUCUUCAUGCUCCGCUCCCUGUCCCUGCAGCUGCGAGGGGAGCCCGAGACCCAGCUGCCGCUGACGCGUGAGGAGGACCUAAUCAAGACUGACGACGUCCUGGAUCUGAACAACAGCGACCUCAUCGCGUGCACGGUGAUCACCAAGGACGGUGGCAUGGUCCAGCGCUUCCUGGCUGUCGACAUUUACCAGAUGAGUUUAGUGGAGCCCGACGUGUCCAGGCUUGGCUGGGGAGUGGUCAAGUUCGCAGGCCUUCUGCAGGACAUGCAGGUGACUGGCGUGGAGGACGACAGCCGUGCCCUGAAUAUCACCAUCCACAAGCCUGCGUCCAGCCCCCAUUCCAAGCCCUUCCCCAUCCUCCAGGCCACUUUCCUCUUCUCCGACCACAUUCGCUGCGUCAUCGCCAAGCAGCGCCUGGCCAAGGGCCGCAUCCAGGCAAGGCGCAUGAAGAUGCAGAGGAUAGCUGCCCUCCUGGACCUCCCCAUCCAGCCAACGACCGAGGUCCUGGGGUUUGGACUCGGCUCCUCCUCCUCCACCCAGCACCUGCCCUUCCGCUUCUACGACCAGUGCCGCCGGGGCAGCAGCGACCCCACGGUGCAGCGCUCGGUGUUCGCGUCCGUGGACAAGGUGCCAGGCUUCGCCGUGGCCCAGUGCAUAAACCAGCACAGCUCGCCGUCCCUGUCUUCACCGUCGCCCUCUGCCAGCGGGAGCCCCAGUGGCAGCGGGAGCACCAGCCACUGCGACUCGGGAGGCGCCAGCUCCUCGUCGACCCCCUCCGCCACCCAGAGCCCAUCAGAUGACCCCUUGACUGCCGGAGAGCCCCAGCCGGACCUUCCUGACCAGUUGGUGAUCGUCAACGAAAUGGAAGCAGAUGCCAGGCCCAGCAAGAGCCUGGCGAGGAGUGCGGACGUGGAGACAGUCAACCUGUCCCCCAGCCUCAUCCCUACCCGGCAGCCCACCAUCUCCCUGCUCUGUGAGGACACUGCCGACACGCUGAGCGUGGAGUCACUGACCCUCGUCCCGCCCGUCGACCCCCACAGCCUGCGCACCCUCCCCGGCAUCCCCCCGACGCCCACGCCGGCCGCGGUGGGCACAGUGACCCCGGGCGAGGAGGCUUCGCCCCCGGAGGCAGCGGGCCCCACCGAACACUGAAUCGGUGCCCAGCGGCCUGGCCUUGUGCACGUGGCCCUGCUGGUGGGGACCCGGUGCAGCUGACAAAGACACAUGGGAGCAUCCGAGGCUCCGUGGCCCCGAGUAACCGCCUCACCCGCCAGUCCCUGCCCUCCUUCAUCCAUCUGAAUUCCUCUUUCACCGUGCACCUCUCUGGGAGCAGCCUGGGAAUGGUGAGACACCGCAGCCAACACGCACCACCAAGGCGGCUGCCUCGGGGAGGAGGUUGGGCUCCCGGUCUCUGAGCCGACAGCCCGGGGGUGGCAGGACCCACCAGCACCACUGCUUCAUCGGCCAGCCCCUCCCCAGUCUCAUGGCUCCUCAGCCAUCAUCCCCAGUGUGCACAGAAGCAGCAGACAGGGUCACUUCGGGUAGACAUUUGUAGAAAAGCAAACUUCGAUAAACAUCUCCUUUGGACAUUCGUUUCCGCUUUUGGCAGCAGAUAAAAAGCAUUUUACUUAAAAGGCAUCUAUUUCAACGAGAAAGAAAAGUCCAAAAAAAAUCCUCAGCCCUAAGGUUAGAUGUCACGUUAGAAGUGUAAUAUUACCGUUAAGAUUUCAUUUUCGUUUUCCCUCGAACUUCCCAGUGUUUUGUUUUAGAGUUCUGGGUCUGGCUUUCUCUGUUUUCUUAAGUGAUCGGUUUUUCUUUAUUACUCACUAACUCUGCAAACCUGUGGAAUGAUAAAGUACCUUCCUGGAAAGUUUUGAUUAUUUUUUAAACAAAAAUAAAGGAGAUACAUGUAUUCUCAGGUACACACA